CAAGUCUGAGGUCACAACUUCUGGCUGUACGGCUAUGAAUCACGACGAACACGUGGCGGGACAUCCCUUCCAUCUCCGCGCUGAGUAUGGCCGUGACCGCGGCCGCUCUUCUCCGAUCAUCAAUCACGACGUUGCAUCCAUAAGCGCACCAUGACUUCCUUACGACGGCCCUCCGCGGCUGUGGGACGACCAGAAUCCCAAGCGAUAGAUCCUCGACGCCCGUCAAAUGCCCCGUCCAACCGAGAUGCUCGCAAAUCCCGUGUCGGGGACAAGAUCAAGAAGCGCAUGUCCAUGCGUUAUGCAGGUGGCUCCGAGGAUUACACGCCAACCAUCGCACCACCAGUUCCGGGUCUUCCAGUCCAACCUGGGUCUUUGUAUCCCUUUGGAGGUUACCAAAAUGUGCUUGAAGUCGACAUGCCUGGGCCGAGCACGCGCAUGCCUACGCUUGACGAGGAUGAAGACCCUUACGGAGGAGUUCGGGAAUCAGUCAAUUAUGAUCAAAUGACGCGAGGCCGUCAAGAUGAGAGGAUAGGGAGGCGUAGAGACGAGGAAUCGGCUGAUGAGUGGGACUUUGAGGAGCUCGGGAAGGACGGAGUGGAUGUCGGUGCAUUUGUCAAGAAGAUGUUGAUGGGCGCGGACGCCGACGAGAAGCAGCGAUUUGAAGCUGCUCUGCAGAGGUACAAGCAGGGGACGGCCAAAGAGCUUCAGAUCAAUGUAUUCAAGAACUAUGCCGAAUUUGUAAACAUGUCAAAGGAGAUCGCCACACUGGAGAACGACAUGCUUGAGCUGAAAGAGCUCCUCGGUCAAUGGAAGGAUCUGCCCCAACUCAUGGGGAUGGAGGACAGUCUGGCGCCGACCUUGGACAAGGACGGAAAGGUGCAACGUCGUCGGACCCAACGCAAUUCUAUUGCAGACCUGCAGCAAAUGUACAAAGCCCAACUCAGCAAUCUCUGGUCGACGGUCGAAGGGUCUCAGAAGUAUCUGCCGCUGGUACCAGGGCGGCAUCUGGUGUUUGAGACGCAUCAGUUCGUGGAGCUCAACCCUGCCACAUACAAGGCCAAGCAGAGCGUUAGCUUGUUCCUGCUGAACGACCUGCUCCUUAUAGCCGGCAGAAGGCGCAGCAAAACGGGAGAGGGGGCUAGGGGUCGUAUGGUGGCUGAGAAGUGCUGGGUCCUAGCAGACCUAGUAGUAGUGGACGUGAAGGAUAGUGGAGACCUCACAAACGCUCUCAAGAUCCGACGAGGAAAAGAGAGCAGCGUCUACCGUACUGCCAAAAUGGAGGACAAAAAGGCGCUAUUAUCUGCCUUCCGUCAAGUCUCACAGGAGCUGUCUGAGAAAAAGCGCAAGGAGAGUGAAAAGGAACAGCAGAAGCGCAAGAGCAUGUGGCAGGAAACUCCCGCUUCUCCCAGUCUACUAGGCAGUCGACCGUCAUCCAUGAUCAUGACCAUGGCGGAUUCAAAGGACAUGCGAUGGAUCGAAGACUUUGGAGACGAGCUCACCAUGGCCAUUGCAACGCGAGACUGGGAAGAGGCGGUGCAGCAGGUGGAAAAGGGUAAUGGUCUCUUGGAAGUAGCGGCCCCCAAUGAGGUUGCUAAAGAGAUGCUCUCGUCCCGACUCGACCACCUUACAUCCCGGUUGUCUUCUCAAAUGCUUCAUCAGCUCGCAUCGCUGGAAAUUCGCAAAAGUGGAGCUGUACGUCUCAUCGGGCUGCUUGCGCGCAUCGGCUCGGCGGAAGAGGCCAAAGAUACUUUCCUCAAGGCAAGACACCAAGUGAUGAUGAAGCACAUACGGGAUAUCCGAAGCGAAGGGGAUAUCAGUAUUUACAUCAAUGAGCUGGCCAUUGUGUGCUUCACCGUCAUUCGACACACUGGUGAUUGGUUCAUGACGGCAUUUCAUGAGCAGGCUUUGGCUUCUGCUUUCGUUACGUGGGCUAAGGAGCAGAUUGGGACUUUUGUGGAUUUGUUCCGACGCCAAGUGUACAUUCCGACCGUCGACGCAAAGACUGCAGAUGAGUGUCUGAAGGUGACGGCGACGACUAAUCGCAAGCUUCUUCGUGAUGUUGGUCUUGAUUUCACUUUCCUGCUCGCAGCUCUGGGUGACGAGACCCGGCCUCAUCCUUCAUUCACUGCACCAACCCCGGCUCCGCACACAAUGAUCUCUCUCGAGGAACUCGAACAGUCUUUCAACGCAGCUUUCUCACCCGAUGACGAAUAUGAAGAACCACCAUUGACCGGUACAACUGCACCUCUGUCCCUUAACCCUAGAUCUCCUCGGCGGCGCAUGGCGUCAGAUACCAAUUCGGCGAGAGCGACGCCGACUCUUGAGACUCCACCACGUAGCACGAGGAGGAAAGAGUCGAGAUCUGUGGAAACGGAUGAAUCUCUGCGUUGACGAAGUAUGAUGCAUGGUUUAGGCAAACAU